CUCGUGUAUGCCUCCGCUCCUGACCAUCGUGCUGAUUCCCAAAUUGUUCUGCUCCUCGUUGCUGUCGCUGCCGCCGUCGUGGUCAUCGUCGUCGCCUUGAAGGACUUGUCCCGUCGGAGCACGCCCCUGUAACUUUGACUGCUGCAAGGUUAUCUCUCCCCCUCACCCAACCCUUCCAGGAACGAAGACGUCACUUCCGCUGGCCGUUUGAGCCGGGCAAGUGAAUCAAUCAUACGGCUCGGUGAAUAAAUAAAGAGGAGCUCCUUCUGCUGCUCCAACCAGAGAAAGGUACUAGGUACGGUUGUCACCCCAGCAUGCAGGUCCGCUUCCCGCUCCCGUGUGCGUGUUGAGUCAAAAAACUGUCCAACGCGAGGACCUGUCACAACAUGUCAGACUCUUCAUCGCUUUCUACUUAAUAUUCCCUUCCCCGCCUCUUCUACUGUCUUGUUCCCCUUUCAUCAAACAGAACCUAGUUUCGUUACUUGCAGGCAUCGAUACUGAAUGCCUCUCUUAGAAGGGUCGAGGCAGUCCUCGCCGACCCCGAGUGCGAAUUCCCCAGACCCUGUCCCAGCGGCCAUCUUCAACCGUCGCCUCAGCGAACAAUUUUCCGAUCUCGCUCGAGUCGCCAUCAUGACGAACGCCUCUGCCUCUUCUCAUGAGGGCGAAUCCCUGAAUCAUGUCGCAUAUCACUCCAGUCUUAUGCCUCCUCCGAAAACCGCAUUUGGCAGAUCUGCAUCCAACUUACCCACGCAUAAGGUACCCACAAGCGCCCUGGGCAGAGCCCUAACCGACACUCCUGCUCCCAGUGCGCCCACAAGUCCUCAGAUACAUGCGCGAAACAGCUCCAACGCUUCGGGGUCCGCGACUCCCAAAAUCCGCGCCACCACCCUCGAUAUUCCCGGUCUGACUCGAUCCAAGGUCUCUCCGAAUGGCCAAAUAUCAGAAAGAGAUGUCGCAGCCAAGCUCAUUAUCAUCAUGGUUGGGCUACCUGCCAGAGGGAAGAGUUACAUCGUCAAGAAGAUUGCUCGGUAUUUGAACUGGUUACAGCACCCAACCAGAAUAUUCAACGUGGGAGACCGUCGAAGAGUGGCCGCUGGAGUUGGUCCCCCCAUACCCGAUCGGACAACUGCUGCGCUGCGGGAAUCGGUGCGUCGAAUGAGCUCUACCACGCAGGGGCCCCAGGGCAUCGUGGAUCAUGGUGAACUGCUCCCUCCGCCUGCUGUCGAGACUAAGAUUCUCAUUAAUGGCGAAGUCACCUCGUCUCCCAUAAGCCCGUUACAAAUGGAUGGCUCGACUAAUUCCGAUGGAGAGAGGAAAGACUCUAUUCAGCUGUCCGCCCCAGAACCCAUGGAUCAGUCUGCGCAAUUCUUUGACCCGAACAAUACCAAGGCCAAGCAGUUGCGAGAACAGGUUGCCCAUGCAGCUUUGGACGAGCUCUUGAAAUAUGUCCUGGAAGACGGUGGAUCUGUGGGAAUCCUGGAUGCCACGAAUCAUACCCGGGAGCGACGCUUGUCGUUGGUUAGACACAUCCGGGAGCGCGACGAGAACAUCAAUAUCCUCUUUGUGGAGUCACGGUGUCAAGAUCAGAACUUGCUGGAAGCCAAUAUGCGACUGAAACUGUCCGGUCCAGAUUACAAAGGCAAGGACCCGGUGGCGGCAUUUAAGGAUUUUCAGCAACGGGUGCAACAAUAUGAGAAGUCAUACCAGAAGCUAGACGAGUUUGAAGAAGAGCACAACAUGGCGUAUUGCUCCAUGAUCGACGUGGGGCGCAAGAUGGUGACGCAUCAAGUCAAGGGCUUCCUUUCCAUUCAAACCGUCACCUACCUGAUGAACUUCAAUCUGGCCCCGCGACAAAUCUGGAUUACUAGACAUGGCGAAUCGAUGGACAACGUCAAUGGAAAGAUCGGUGGUGACAGCUCUCUGAGUCCCAACGGGGUGAGAUAUGCUCAGGCACUUGCCAAAUUUAUUGGGAUAGAGUGGAGGGCGUGGGAAGAUUACCAGGCCGAAAAGCAGGCGAACACGCAUUUCCCACCGCUUCCGGGCGACACCACACCACCGAAUCCGGAAUAUACAGCGCAAACGCUCCAGGAGCGGAAUUUCUGCGUGUGGACCAGCAUGUUGAAACGGAGCAUCGAGACGAGCCAGUAUUUCAACGACGAGGACUUCGAUAUCAAGCAGAUGCGAAUGCUGGACGAACUCAACGCCGGGUCAAUGGAAGGCAUGACCUACACGGAAAUUCGAGACAAGUUCGCCCACGAGUAUGAGCUUCGAAAACGAGACAAGCUCCACUACCGGUACCCGGGCCCUGGCGGCGAAGGAUAUCUGGACAUAAUCAACCGACUGGGAAAAGUCAUCCUUGAGAUAGAAAGAAUGACGGACCACGUCUUAAUCAUCGGCCAUCGAAGCAUCUGUCGGGUUCUCCUGGCGUAUUUCAUGGGACUCAAGCAAGAGGACAUCAGCGACCUGGAUGUUCCGUUGGGGGUGGCAUAUAUGCUCGAACCGAGACCAUACGGCGUGGAAUUCAAAGCAUAUCGAUGGGAUCCUGCCACGGAUGAAUUUCUUUAUGAGCCAGACUACCGGAUGAGGCGAGCUAUUGACCCACAAGCCUGAUGUUUUGUUGCUCCUGUUGCGUUCCCAACUAUGAUACCCCCAGCCGCAUUUGCCACGCCCACUCCAACUCUCCCGGAUAUCCUCUCAUAUAUAAUAUAUAGAACAUACAGCACUGGGGUACAUGGUGGGACGUAGACAGGGUGCUUUUCUCUUUUCCUGGAUCAUCGCACACCCAGAUGAUUGCUACGACUGGACUAAUACUUGUUUUGGGAUUUUGGCAGGCAAGAUUGUUAUUGGCAAUCCCGACCGGACGUUAUGACUCGCAUCAAUUCCUGGGUGGACUGGUGAAUAGGUUGUUAGGAAGGCGAGGCCAUAAGGGACGGUGGAUAUAUUAGGUCUUAGCGAUGGCGUUGAGGAGAAUGACUUGAGGACCUGUUUUUCGUGUACAGUGUCAUCACAUCUGCAUUCGGCAGUCUGUUAGAACCAACAUGGGCCGGGAUGAAAAGAAGACGGGGGUAUUUCUGGAAGCACAGAAGAGAGCCUAGUGGAGCAGACGAACGGAUGCAACGGGUAAUUACUGGGCAAUGGGCACCAAGAGAGGAGCAGGUUGAUGGACUUACUCGAUCAAGGCAUCCUAGUCCGCUACAGAUGGUUCUCCCCUCUCUUGUCGUGUUGCUCGUGUCUCCGGGAAGACGGGACCAAGGGUCUCUGAACCAUGCUGCAGCCCCAGGCGCCUUACCAAUGGGA